AUUAAUACAUUUUUCAAUUAUUUUCACUCGCUCCUGAAAAUAAAUUGUUUAGAACCACAACAAUUUCAAUGUAUAUUGUAAAAUCAAUUUUCGUCAACAGAAAUUUAUAUAAGAGACAUUUAAUAAGAUCUCGUAAUAAUUAUGAGGCCAUAGAUUCGCAAACAGUUAAGGUUGAAACAAGUAUUAUUUUCUAAACUGUGAUUUCCUUUGUCUUUAAAAACUGUGAGAAAAACAAGAUAUUUUUAUAUUUAAUUCUCUAUUUUUUUACUAAUAAAUAAAGAAAUCCUUUUCUUCCAAAUUAAAGAUGACUCUACCAAUUCUGGCAGCAUUUGAUUUCGAUCAUACAAUUUGUGAUGACAAUUCAGAUAUCGUUGCAAGAAAAUUAAUAUCAAACGAUAAAAUUCCAGAUACAGUGAAACGAAUGUAUCAGGCCGACAAUUGGAAUGCGUAUAUGGGACAAAUUUUCGAAUUACUGAAUAAAAAUUACAUUGACGUGGAAACAAUAAAAGAUGCCAUUCACCAAAUACCAUCAGUGUCUGGAAUCGAUAGUCUCCUAAGUGAAUUACAUUCACGUAAUUGUGAAAUAAUCAUAAUAAGUGAUUCAAAUUCUCUAUUCAUCGAAUGGUGGUUGAAGAAUAAAAAUUUGAGUCACAUGGUGAAGGAAAUAUUCACUAAUCCCGCAACUGUUAAUGGCGAACUACUCAAAAUUGAAAUGUAUCAUUUACAGGACAAUUGUAAAUUAAGUAGUAAAAAUUUAUGUAAAGGACAAAUAUUGGAGGAUUAUGUUACAAAACGAUCAUUAGAGGGAAUCAAUUUUGAUCGUAUCGUUUAUGUUGGCGAUGGAAAAAAUGAUCUCUGUCCUAUUUUACGACUCUCUGAAAAGGAUUUGGCAUGUCCUAGAAUCGGUUAUACUCUCGUGAAUAUUUUAAAUAAGAAAGCAGCUGAGAACGAGUCACAGGAAGUGAAAGCAAAAGUCGUUCCUUGGGAAACUGGAAACGAUAUUUUAAAAAAUCUGAAGACUUUAGACGAUCUUGAUUAGGAAUCAAGAAAAUUAUUUGUGAACAAACAAACAAUUAUGAACAACAAGCAAAUAUGAACAACAAACAAUUGUGAACAACAAACAAAUUAUGAACAACAAUAUUAUAAACUAGCAAAUGUUACGUGCGCCGAACGUGAUAUUCAAUUUAUUUUUAAGCAAAUUACAAACUUUUUUAUUUUCAAAUAUGAAUUUUUGAAUAAUUUCAGAAUCAAACUGUAAAAAAAAUUCAA